GAACUCCCCAUCCCAGAGCAGAGGGGACCCCACAAGGGCCUAAUCCCCCACCUUGUCAGCCCUGGAAAUGUCAGACUGUGCUGACUGCACCAUGGGGAGACACCUCACUUCCUCCUUCAGUGUCCUCCGUAGCCACUGGGGAGUUCUUGCCCCCGGAGGCUCUGAAGGAGAUGAAAGCUAACCUGAUAAAGUUCCUGCACUUCAAGUAUCUAGCUAAGGAGCUGACCUCCCAGGUGGAAAUACUGAAGAAGGUCCUCAGGGAUAACCAGGAGCACUUCCCGGUGGUCUUCAGCCAAGCCUCGCAUUGCCUGGAGCUGGUCUGUGGUGUGGAGGUGAAGGAAGUGGACCCCAGGGAGCACAUCUACAUCAUGGUCCCCAACCUGGGCCUCACCUGUGAUGUGAUGCUGAGCAGUGGGCAGAGCAUGCCCAAGGCCGGCCUCCUGGUGCUGAUCCUCAGCCUGAUCAUGCAGAAUGGAGACCGCGCCCCUGAGGAGAAGGUCUGGGGAGCACUCAGCAGAUUGGGUGUGUGUGUCGGGAGUGUGCACUGUGUCUUUGGGGAGCCCAGGACACUUCUGACACACGUGUGGGUGCAGGAGGGGUACUUGGAGUACCGGCAGGUGCCUUACAGCUACCCUGCUCGCUAUGAGUUCCUGUGGGGUCCCCGGGCCUAUACGGAGACCAGCAAGCGGGAAGUCAUGGCAUUUCUGCUCAGGAUCAAAGAAAGGGCUUCGAGGGCCUUCCCACCCCUGUCUGCAGAGGCUGCAAGGGAGGAGGAUGAGGCUACCUGA